AUGGGUCAAGGGUCCUCGCAACCCAUGAAUGGCGGGCUCAGUGAGUCUGAGAAUCAAGGUAUGAGUGAAGACCGCGAUGCCGUUGGUUCCUCGGGGCCUCCGAAAACCUCGAAGAAAGUGAAAUCAGAGACUCAGGUCGAAGGAACAGUCUCUCCCAAGCGAAAAAGAAAGCAGAGUGUCAAUGAUUCCAACAUUGGCAUGCCUUCGGGCACCCCAAACCAGUCGCAAGAAUCGCCCCUGGACCAGGCAGGCGCGCCCCCAGUGAAGCGCACGAAGAUCGGCCCCUCGACUACAAACACAAAGGAGGCCCGCAAGCCAGAAAAGAAUGGCAAUCGUGAAGCCAUUCCGUCUCCAGAAACCCCGGUGACUGCCAACAGCUUGGAGACCAGGGAAGCUCAGCGCCAGUCGACGGAUAUGCAACCUCUAACGGACGUAGCGCAUACGAACGGAACCGCGUCCCGAAAACCCAAGAAGUCCAAGGCGAAGACCACACAGCAGGACGAAGGAAAAGAUGUGUCGGACCUUCCGCAGAGCCCUGCCGAGACUAAGACUAUCCGGAUGGCGUCUGCGAACCCAUCGCUCGCGGGUAGCUCAACGGACCAGAAGGAUUUGACGGACACAUCAGCCGCCCGGGGACCCAGAAAAGGAAAGACAGAAAAAAUGAUCGGCUUCUUCGCUCCAUCCGAGGUCAGCGCGCUGGAGACCUUCAAACUCCAGUUUUGCAACGAGCAUGCUAUCUCCAGCGAAAGAUUUGAUAGAAUGGUACAGCAUGUGGACCGGCGAAAAGACAGCGGUUGGCCCUGUGAUGAGAGCAUCAUUAAGAAGCCAGAUUUUUGGCAGCAGAUUUAUGAUGUAUUACCAAGCAGGGAUCGAAGAUCGGUCUACCGAUUCAUGAGGCGACAUUUCCAGGACUCGUCUCAGAAGCCGCACCACUGGACACAUGAACAAGAUGACGAACUCAUCGACCUGGUAGGACGGUAUGGUCCUAGAUUCGCUCAUAUUGCCAAGAUACUGGGUCGAGUGGAGGAUGACGUGGUUCAGAGAUGGAAGAAUCGGCUUGAGCACCGGACCACCAUGAGAAGGGGUGCAUGGUCCGAAGAGGAAGUCCGCGGGCUGCUCGAUGCCCUACAAACCUCCUGGAACAAUCUGAAAAAGGACGGCCAAGAUGUGGGCCGAGACAUCUACGAAAUGGAUGAGGGCUUAAUAUCUUGGGGCACAGUCAGUAAUAAACUUCAGAACUGCCGGUCAAGACAACAGUGCGCGGAUAAAUGGCGCAAGAUCAGACGCAAGAUUAUGGGACAGCGCAGCACUGGAAAUCAAAACGCUGUCUACGACCCAGCAACGGAAGCAAAGCCGCAGGGCAGAGCCAAGUCCAUCACGCUCGCGGAGCAGAUGGAAAUGGAGAGGAUGUUGAAGAGCUCCGAGUACGUUGAUUCAGAGGAUGGAGACGAAGAGGACAUGGAACAGUCUACUGGUAUAGAGUCUCAAUCGCCGGAGAUCAAGGAUGAGGGUGAGUCUGCCGACAAGAAACCCACCAUCAUGGCUGCCCCGGAAAAGCCGCCCUCUACCUCAGCAAAGGCACUCAAUAAAGGCUCUCAAAUCAACGCGUCACAGAUGGAAAUUGACGACGACUCCGAGUCCGAAGCAUCAUCUGACUCGGUUGAGGCUGCCUCAGAGGAUGCUUCUGAAGCCGAAAUCAAGUCAGGUUAUGGAUCUGGUGGGGACUCAGACUCCGAAUCCAGUGUUGAAAGCGACGCAAAAGUCGACGCCAGGAUCAGGGCACAAUCUCCAAAAGGACAGGAGAAAGAUGUGAUGAAUAACAAAGCGUCUUCCGCAAAGUCGUCGUCAAAGCCUACAAAGCCCACACCGAACCAGAAACUCGUUGACCGGCCCAAAUCCAAAACAAGUGACGGUAAACAAUCCAGAAGUCAGGCUACGAAGACAUCUGUUUCUGACUCGUCGGUCAAAGCUGAGACAAACGCAAUUCCACGAGCUAGAGCUUCAAAGCCACCAAAGUCAACCACCAAGGAAGAGGAAAUGCCGCAAGCGACGUCGUCCGAGUCUGAAUCAGAUUCCCAGCCCGCAUCCGAUUCUUCCGACUCAGAAGAAGAGUCUACAUCAAGCUCCGAAGAAUCUUCGGACAGACAGUCCGCAAAAGUAGCGCCAAAAGCAUCAACAUCGAUUCGGAAAACCAGCGUGAAGGGCCAGGUCUCCCAAAAGACUCAAAAUAACGAUGAGUCCGAAGAAAACUCCUCGACGUCAGAUGAAACGUCUUCCGGUGAUGACAGCACCGACGAUGGCAGCGACAGCGAAAGUAACUCUAGCGCUGGCGACGUCAAGCCGGUGAAGUCGCCGAAGACAGCCGCACUGAAGGGCGCCAAACGCAAAGCUCAGGAACCCGCAGAGCAGACCGGGAAAUCUGAGUCGAAGCGUCUGAAAACAGGUCAGAAGAAGUCAUCUUCGUCAUCGUCCUCCGCUAGAUCCACGUCAGAAGAUAGCGAAAGCGAGGAUGACUCCGAUAGCCACGGUGGGAGUCAUGACAGCGAUUCAGGAGCCGAUACCGACGAGUCAAGCUCGGCAUCAGACAGUGCAAUCUCCACAUUUAAGCCCCAGCCCAACGCCAAGUCCGAGCCCAAGCAGCCUACCGCUCAACCCAAAGUACCGAAAGCUGUUAAUGGACAAAAAUCGGAACUCUCCAAGUCACGCAGUCCAGCAGUAUCAAAGGAGGGAAGCAAUGCCAAGAUUGAGCAAAGCGGACCGAAACAAGUCAACCCUUCCCAUCCUCAGGUCAAGAAGGACGGGGAGAAGGCAAAGGGCAAACCGGGAUCAACUCCCGUGUCAAAGGGGAAAAAGUCCAAGUGA